UUCAGAGCUGAGCUGAACGGAUAUUGAACUGUAGGCAGAGCCAACGGAUAUGGCCGGUCAGAAUUAGAGGGCGUGGGGCCACAUCGACGACAUCUUGAUCUGGAGGGAACCGGAAUGUCAUAUUGACUUUAAAUAUGACAGUCGUGAAUUACGAUCCUAAGACGAAGGGGCGCUUCACAAAAUUAGCUCAUGCGAUUCUUGUUUGUACGACACUUAUUCGACUAUGUGGACUUUUCUACAUCAUCCUGGGUGUAUUAAUGAUAACUAAGAAUGGAGUGAUACAUCGUGCGGCGUUCCCACUGCUAAAUCAGUUUGUCAUAGGCGGGAUGCCACUCGGAAACCUCUCCGCCGGACUCAUCUAUGCUCUUUUUUCCUUGUUCCCUCUUCACACAAUUUUCGGAUUUCUCGGAUUUUUUGGUGUUAUCCGUAGAAACAAAGUUAUCAUCAUUAUUCAUACCUGUUUCCUCUUGUUUUGCGUUGUGGUGGAUACCCUCUGUAUCGUUCUCCUCUCUAUGUUACUGUACGCGAUUAACUCGUGGAUAAAGGCGCGGUUUGCUGAGUACUACAGGGACUAUACCAAUAGCAAUCUAAACAGUGAGGUGAACUCUUCCAUUGUGGCACUGUUUGAUGCCAUGGAUUGCGAUGUCACAAGUCAAGGUGUCAGGUGCUGGGAUAAGUAUUACCAAGUUAUGGAUUCAAACAUCCGGGUAUUCAUCAGUGUGUUAUCACUAAGUAUCAUAAUGGAAAUCAUCAACAUUGUUCUCUCGGGAAUUGUCUAUCGGCGUGUUGACAGACCAGGGCGGUCGCCUGGAAUGUUUGGUCGGUGUCGGCUAUUUGUGUGGGUUUCCUGGAAUACGUGUAGAAUGAAAUUUGUUUUCGUCGUUAUACAGGCAGGUGACAUGAUUUGUUCUGCUGUGUUGCUAAUUGGGGGUGUCGUAAUCACCCAAAGCCGUUUCGUCACCGACAGCCUGGUACUUCCGGUGUUUGAGAAUCUGCGAUUUAACAACUACUAUCUCCCCGACAUCGUCAUUGGUCUCACUUUUACGAUGAUUCUGAUUGGUUGCCUAAAUCUGUUUUCAUGUGGCCUUGGUUUCAAUAUGUUAUGUUACAAAUCUGAUACCAAAUCCAAAGUGCACGUGACAUACCAGGUCGUGAUGGCUGUGAUGAUCCUAAUUACACUUGUGUUUUGGAUAACCCUUCUGACAGCGGUAGGAGAUGGGAUGUCAGAUCAACUAUCCGCUGAGUUCCUUGUAUACGGGGAUAGUGACCCUACAGGGUUGCAUUACACUCAGUCCUGGAAUGCAAUAUUCCUCACGUAUCAGUGUUGUGGCGUUCGAGAUAACAACAGUUUUAACGGGACCCUAUUUGCUGCGUCCCAUGCGUCUAAUGUAGUCCCGUACCAAUGUAAGUCCGGAGAAACCCUUGCGAACUCCAAAACGUAUCCAUAUUCAACAGCCACUCCAAUACAGUCUUCUUACGCCACGGUGUGUGAGAUACCGUUAAUUGCUGAAGUAAAGACGUACGCCGUAUUGUUUGGAGUAGUAUGCGGCUUCUUGCUGAUCAUGAAGGUAUGCAACAUCGCACUGAUAUACAAAAACGCUCUUGGUUUGGAACCUGCAGUCGAAAAUCAAUCAUCGAUUUGGAAAACAGUAAAAGAUUACAUGAAGACAGAUUGCAAGUGGUUGUUUGGUUCCAUAGCGUUCACGGGAAUUGGUUUGAUGCUUGCUUUGGGUAUAAUGAUUGCCGGGCUACUUCUCCGAUUCAAUGAUAUACUAGGAGACAAGGACAUCCAUCGUCUGUUUAAUCAUAUCUAUAUAUCUGAAUGGGACGUGACGUAUUUGGUUACUACCAUGUCUGACGUCAUGAUCAGCUUGGGUUCAGCGUCGUUCAUCUUCUUCUGUGUUGGCGUCAUAUCCGUGGCCGCCAGAGUGACGGCAAUGUACUACGUGACCACCGUUCUCCUUCUACUGUCCGUUCUGUUAAAGUUUGUUUGUAUCAUGGUAUGGAUUCCACUGCGAAUAUCAUUUGACAGCAAAAUAGACGAUGCCAUGCAUAGUGCAUUGCGAACAAACUAUCAAACAGAUAGGCCACAUACAGAGCUCUAUAUCGAGGAAAUGAACCUAGGAUUUAAUACUCUAUUCUAUCGGGGAAAAUGCUGUUUAAAUGAAAAUUCAUUCUUCCAACAAAUUUAUUACAACGGUCGGCUGAUAGAAGCAGGUGCUCCCUGGACGUGUAGACACUGUGAUAGCGACCCGACUAUCCGCUGGCCUUUAGAAGCUACAGUGAUAGCCAAGUGCUCCUCUUCCUCUGUCUUUUCAACUUCCUGUACUACUGUUGUUCUGGAUAACACGAUCCACGUAUACGACACGACCGCUGUGGUGCUUAGUGUCUUUAUGAUGAUACUGGAGGUGCUGCUCGUCGUCGUCCUGGAUAGAGUCUACAAGUCUCGAGUGUCACCGGGUCAAAGCAGGGGGCUUAUAUCCAACACCUGCUUUAAUAACCGAUUCAUCAACAAUGACAAAAUGCCCAAUUUUACGCUGUUGACAGUUGUGUACGUUUCUGGUAGUAUGACAUUAUCAGCUAUACAGCUUUCAGCCUGGAUAGCGAUACUUAUAUACGUAAUCAGGGGCGACACCCAGCUGGACAAACUGUCCGUAGGAUUGCUGCAACUUGGAGAGAUGACAAAAGGCGCGAGUAUUACAAUACUUGUGGUAAUACCGGUAUCUAUCGUCAUCAACGUCUUCAAAAUACGCUGGUGCCUGAUUAAAUGGAACACCGGUUUACGAUGGAGUUUGCUGCCAGAGGCUGGCCUUCUUAUCAUCGAUGUCGUUAUAUUUUGUCUGUUUGCACGACAGUUGGAAAGUAUAAGAUUAUCAAACCAAAACAUUCACCCAGUGAUGUAUCAACUUAACGUUGCUUACCUUUGCGUCAGUAUGUCCAUGCAGGUCAUACUAAUUUUGAUAAAGGAUCGGUUGCAUAAACACGUCGACACUAGUUUGGCAAAGCCAAAUUCUUCAGGAAUGUUUUCAACGUUAUGGCAGGGAGUGCUUACUCACAGAUAUUUCACAGUUUCGGGAAAAACCAACAAACAACUCGUUGGAUUUGUUUUUCUAUCUAUUUUUCUUAUGGUUUGGGAGUUAUCUACGUGGGUAGCGGUGUGGUUACAAGGAGUGACACCAGGCUACAUGAAGGGUGAUUUCCUCGACGACCUGUAUGAUUUACGCAGUAGUGGUCGCUAUACUGUGUUCUACAGCUACGGGUACCUGUUGUGGGGGCUUGUCAUCACGACACUCUCGGGAGAGCUGAUAUACGUCAUCAUUCACGUGAUCACCAUGGUUGUGGCCAUCAAACAGCACAAGGUCCUUCUAUAUGUUGCGUCUGGUAUGCUUUUAAUGGUAUUUCUGGCAGAUAUUAUUAUGACGGGCCUGACUGGAGUGCUGCUAGACACUGCGUAUAAUUGCUGGAAUCUGACGAAAAGUACAGCUGUAUCACAGAAGUUAUGUAAUGGACCAGUGGCUAGGCUGUACGAUCUAAGUGGGGUGUUCAUCGGUCUCACAGUGUGGCAUGCCGUGCUUGUGGUGUUGUUAAUUUGGCUGUGUAUGUACCUUGCCGGUAAAGCCACUAACAAGUCACAUAUAAUCCCACUUGAAGACAACAUGUGGUUAAAUCAUCGAACAGCAGAGACUGUUACAGGCAGUUCCAGCGACUCACCGCCCCGACUGCGCCAUUCUAUAUCUCCGUCCGGUAGUAUUUUAGUCACUGAAAUCAGUUGAGUGUUUCCUCAUAAGUGUUUGAAAUGUUACCAAUUGAGCUGAUGUUAGCAACAUUGCCAUACCAUCGUGUCCAGUCAGUCAUCCGAUGUCUCUUUAGAAAGAGCAAAACAGGGAAUAACUGUCGGAAUUAAAACAAUGGACAGAUUAAUGUGAGGAGAUGUUUCAGCAGACGGGAUUAGACAUAAUCAAACUAGGAAUAAGAUUAAUGUGAGGAGAUGUUUCAGAAGACGGGAUUAGACAUAAUCAAACUAGGAAUGAGAUUAAUGUGAGGAAAUGUUUCAGAAGACGGGAUUAGACAUAAUCAAACUAGGAAUAAGAUUAAUGUGAGGAUGCGGUUGCGAUGCUUAGUGGAAUGAUGAUGAUGAUGCUAGUUUAUAAGUGAGUAUGAAAUAAAAGAAAGUAAAUAUACAUGUCGGAAAAAGAAAGAGAGGUGUAAAUAGCCGUAUUUAUGUAAUUUUACACACAAAAAAUGAGUAAAAUUGAGUGAAAGAGGUACAUUAUGUAUGGUGAACGAAAACCCUCCUACGUUGAGGACAAUUAUUGUUCGGGGAUUGAACCCAGUGCCCUUCAACUCUGGCAAUCCCUAUCCCAACUAUUGCUGAAGAAUUAAAAAAAAUAAUGAAUUUUUCGCGGGAAAGAUGAUGUGUUGUCAACGGUGACGAAUAACACAGUUGAGCAAUAAACAAAUAGUUCCACUUUAUUUCAAUCACUGGAUGACAUUAAAGAAGUGCUAAUGUAACACCCAUAGUUGUUAGAGACGGGAAUACAAUGUUUGUUUUGAUUGUUGUUAAAGUGAAGAUAGACCAAAUAUGCAUCCUCAAAACGCUAUUAUUUGCUUACAAAUAGUCACAUUCAGAAACGCAUCCUAGCUUGUGAAUUAAUUUUAGACAAUAUUUUCUCUCAUGUCAUUAAAAUCCUGGCUAUCCUUCCAAACGUUUCUCUGUUCCUGCUUUGGAAAAAAAACUUGGAUCCCCAAAUAUCACAUAUCAAAACCAUGACAACACAUAUAUUUAUGUGAACGUCUCACAGUUUUUAUUUGAGAAGCCGCCGUUUAAACACUAAAAAGGACGCCUAACGCGGUUAGUGGAGCGGGACAUUGAUUUUUCUUUUUUGCAAAUGGUACUAAGUAUUUUAAUUAUAUGUGCAGAAAACCUUGUUAACAUCGAGUAGAUUACCUGCUAGUGUAGGCUCUUGUAUUUUCGAUUAUUGAUAAUAUUCAAGCAUUAAUCUUUGAUCCACUUUUCUGUGAUAUUCAUCGUAGAAUUUUGGUAUUUUUUUCUCGGUUUGCUACUAGGUUACAAUAAAAUGUUCAACAGAAAUGUAGAUCAGGUUCGAAAGGCUAUGUUUUCGGUUCUGAGUGUAUGUGUUUAAUGUCGUGAUGUUGAUAUCAUUCUAAGUUCUUGGUUUGAAAUAUUAUUGAAAUCAAUAUAAGCGUGAUCGAAAAAUAAGAUAAUGAAAUACUUUAAGUAGAUAUGCCUAUGAUAUGUAGAUACAUUAGUGUUACCUAACUCUACAGAAAUACGGAACCUUGACAAUAUUAGCAUGAUAGGAAGAGUUUAGCUACAGUUCUGUAAGCGAAUGUUAAAUGAGCGUAAAGACACUUCCUCUUAUAUGGUUUAUUGUACCUGUAAUUUAGAAGUUGACGUAAU